CAGGACAUGAGGGCCACUACGAUCGAGAAGAUGCUGAGCCGACUGAUGAGCAGCAGCAUCAGGAGUCUGGACAGGGAAUGCAACUGCACUGUGAGGCUGCUGGACGAUUCGGAGUACACCUGCACGAUUCAGCGGGAUGCCAAGGGACAGUACCUGUUUGACCUCAUUUGCCACCAUCUCAACCUGCUGGAGAAAGACUACUUUGGCAUUAGAUAUGUUGACCCAGACAAGCAGAGGCACUGGUUGGAGUUUACAAAGUCUAUUGCCAAACAAAUGAAAUCCCAGCCUCCGUUCACUAUGUGUUUGCGUGUCAAGUUUUACCCGCCUGACCCUGCUGCCCUGAAAGAGGAAAUCACCAGAUAUCUCGUCUUCCUGCAGGUUAAGAGGGAUCUCUACCAUGGUCGCCUCCUGUGCAAGACAUCAGAUGCUGCUCUGUUGGCUGCCUACAUAUUACAAGCUGAAAUUGGUGACUACGACCCUGGGAAACACCCAGAGGGCUACAGCUCCAAGUUCCAGUUCUUCCCCAAGCACUCAGAGAAGCUGGAGCGGCGGAUUGCUGAGAUCCACAAGACUGAGCUGAUAGGUCAGACUCCUGAAACGUCAGAACUCAACUUCCUUCAGAAGGCUCAGAUGCUGGAGACAUAUGGAGUGGACCCUCAUCCAUGCAAGGAUGUGUCUGGCAACCCAGCUUUUCUGGCUUUCACUCCUUUUGGAUUCACUGUGCUGCAAGGAAACAGGAGGGUCCAUUUCCUCAAAUGGGAGGAGGUGACCAAACUCAAGUUUGAAGCAAAGACAUUCCAUAUAUAUGCAAAUCAGAAGGAGGAUAAGAAAAUCAUACUGACCUACUUUGCACCUACACCUGAGGCCUGUAAGCAUCUGUGGAAGUGUGGAGUCGAGAAUCAGGCCUUCUACAAGUUGGAGAAGUCGAGUCAAGUGCGCACUGUGUCCAGUAGUAAUCUCUUCUUCAAGGGUAGUCGCUUUAGAUACAGUGGAAAGGUUGCAAAGGAAGUAAUGGAACAAAGUGCCAAAAUUAAGAGAGACCCCCCUGAGAUUCACAGGGCUGGCAUGGUGCCAAGUAGGAGCUGUCCAUCCAUCACCCACGGCCCUCGUUUGACCAGCGUCCCUAGGACCCGACGAAGAGCUGUGCACAUCUCCAUCAUGGAAGGUCUGGAGUCCCUUCGAGACAGCGCCCACUCCACGCCUGUGCGUUCUGUCUCCCAUGGCGACUCCUUCAUGCCUUCCCGGGGCCAGAUGGUGGACGGCAGCGAGGCAAGUACAUCAGCAAUCAUCUCCGAUGAGGCCUACAGCCCAUCAGAUAGUGUGCUGCCUACACCCGUGGCCGAACAUGGCAUGGAGAUGCCUUUGGCUCGCCAUCUCAAUGGCUCUCCCUGCAGCAUCGAUGAGGAGAAGGAGUCAGAGGCAGGGACGUCGAAGGAAGGGCAGGCGGCAGAGUUCAGGCCCGGCAGGAGAGCUCUGCGCAUGGUUAGGAGCAGGCCGUCACCACCGAGCGAUGUAGAGGAGCUGAACAAGUUCGUCCUGAGCGUGUUACGUCUGUUCCUGGUUACUAUCGGACUGCUGUUCGCCCUGCUGCUGCUCCUCAUCAUGCUGACAGAGUCAGACCUGGACAUUGCCUUCCUGAGAGACAUCCGCAAGACACCCGAAUUCCAGCAGUUCCACUUUGAAUACUUCUGCCCUCUGCGGCGCUGGUUCGCCUGUAAGUUACGAUGGAUGGGAGGUUUCCUCAUCAGCAAGUGAGGCCAGGUGAAAAAUGCAGAGACUGAGUGACACUACACAGGCCUCCACUGAUGGAGAUGGGACACAUAAGAGACGGUAAGGUCAGGAGAGACGGUAAGAGGAGGGAAAAGGAAAAAGGUGGCAGCCCUGUUCCCGCUGUGGACUCAGCUUCUCCCAGGAAGGAGUUCCUGUCACAAGCCACGGACUGUCCCCUUAAUAGCCUUGUUUAUUAUGUUUGACCAUCACUGCGAGGAAAGAAAAUCACAUUUUACUUUGGAAAUUAUUAUUAUUUUUUACAAAAAUUCACAGUAACAGGGUUUAAUUUAAAUACUGAAAGGGACAAGCAAGUCUGAAAGACUUCAGUUAUUCAACCACUGAUAACAGUUGCCUUUAUUUUUGUAUUAACUAAUAUGUUGUAACAUUAUUGUAAGACAGAACGACUUGGUGUUGGGGUGUGUGUUGUGUGACGUGAGAGUCCGAGUAACGUUUUGAAAGAAGACGAGAUGGGGGGCAGUCUAGCUCAUCUAAUUUUCUCAUUUCAAAGCCAACAACAACAUUCAUGAUGAUUAAAUGUUGUUAUGAUCGCUGCUAUGAGACUGAUAACUACUGUUUGGAAUUGUAAACAGAUUUUUUUGGGGGGAGGGGGUUUCGAGGAAGCGUGAAAAGUAAAAUUCAGUACUUGCCGAAUGUAGAUCAGUCCUGACUAAAAUAAUAUUUGCAAAUAUAAAAUUUUGUUCUAUACAGUUUUUAGGCAGAUAUGUGGAAUUUGCUGCAUAGAGCAAAAGAGAAUUUAGCACUUUUAGGUAACUGUUAACUUCCCUGACUGUCCAGAAUUCUCCUGAUGUGGUAUACAGCCCCACAUCUGGCAUAUUAGAUUUAAACAAGUGCUAAGAAUUAGUUGCAGUAGCUAUUUGACCCAGGAGUGAUGUCGGUGCUGCCCUGUUAGGAGCCUUGAAUGAUUUUUUUGUAAUAAGUGUGACUUAGUUUGUGGUCAGACGUCUGUUAACAGUGUGCUCACGUUACCAUUUUUUGUCCAGAGCACCAAUAAAUCAUCCAAUGACUAUAAAUUAAGCUUUUGCAAGGAUAUACAGUAAGUAAAUAAUGGAGGUGGUAGGUGUACUGAUUUUAUUAAAUAUCAGCCAAACAAUGCUAAUAACUACAAUCAACUCGUGUGUGGAAAAGUUGUCACUUUGCCGUAGUUACUUUUACAGUAGUUGUAAAAGUGAUGGGACUGUGUGAGCUAGUGCUUCAGUGAUAGCGAAGUGUUUGGUUAGCUCUUUUGACUCCCACUCUGUACAAGGAGUUUUAUCUUGAUGUGCAAUACUGUUAAUAUAAAAAAACUCAAGAUCCUUUCCAUGAUGGGAAAUUUGACCUUGUUUUACCCUUGUAAAGUGCAAAGAUUUAGUGCUAUUUUCCCACAGUAUAUACAGUUAAGAGAGUUAAUGUUCCCAUUUUUUUGUUUCAAGACCAAUGUUCCAUUUUUGUUUACGCCUGCUGUGUUCAAAUUUAUGCAUUUAUCUGUAAAGGCUGAAUAUAUUUAAAUCAUGUUUCCAUUUUUGUACAAACUGAUGUCUGGUUGAUUUCCUCACAGUGACUUAAUGGACAGUUUUCAGCCCGCACUCACUCACAGGAGAGCCUAAAAUAAGUCAUGUUUACGUCCUACUGCAGUCUUCAUCAUUGCACCUACCAAAGAAACCUCUGUUGUGUGAUGUUUUUCAGUUUGCAUCAACAGAUGGAUACUCUGAUAGUCUGCUGUCCCUCUCCAGCCUUAUGUUAUUUCACAGAUUAGCCUACAGCCCAGAGCAAUCAACAGCAUAAUUUAAAACCACAGUCAGUUUGUGACAGUUAACUCACAACAAACCCUACAACUGCUUCAUUACAAUACUGUAAGUAGAUUUAUAUGCUGUGUGCCAGUGGUAAUCCUAGGCUGAUCCGCAGGUGUACAACAUUAUACCUAAAAACAAUACAUGGAUGUAUUAUUUAUGCAACAAGAGGUUUGGUUUAGGAUAAUGACUGGCCGAGAGGUUCCGGAUAUCCAGGUGUCCAGGGACAGUUUGCAUAGUUAUUGUAUUAAUAUUCAAAUUUUUGCCAAAAGUUUCCACAGGUUGAAAGUACAAAUGAAAACUGUCCUCUGAGAAUCCCUGCAGUAUUAAAUACCAGGCUUUAAAUGUUGAUGUUAUUUUUGUAUGUACAGUACUGAUAUUUUCAAAUUCAACAAGGGUGAAAUGACCAGAAGUAUUAAUAAUUCGCACGUUUUUCAUUUUGUUGCAGAGUUGGAUGAGUUAGAGUAACAGAAAUAUUGACUAUAUUUAUAUUCAAUUGAAAAAAAACAUUUUGCUGAUGUUUGUCAGACUUGAUAAAUUACUGCUGUAUAUGCUUUAAUUCAGAUGGUGCUUGGUGGUUUUUGAUUGAUGUGUUAGGUGAAAGGUACCAGUUGAGGCUGAAAAUUUGCUUUUUGCCUCCUAUAAUGUACUUUAAAGUCUCAUUUUAUGUUCAUGUGUAUGAAAAAAAUCCACAACAUAAUUUGAGCAAUAAAUAUUACAGAUAAUGUAAUGAAUACUAAUAACCAUG